GUAGAAAUAAAGUGAACAGCAAGGGUAUCAAUGCAAAAUCCAUCUAUAGUCUUUUUUGGUAGUGUCCCGUCCUCAUCGAUCCUCCCCAAAUUGUCAUAUUUGCAAGGUCCGCAAAUGUUUCGUUCAUGGAGUCCUCAAAUGUCGACCUAAUCAGAGAAUUGUCAUAUCAGCCCUGAAUGCAUCAUUGUCUCGGAAACGGUGCCAAUGAGUCGUUUAGCAAAUGGAGAAGCGGAGCACAAUCUUCACAAUCAAAGAGAUCAAAGUCUAUGUCAAGGCUAUAGUGGAAGAAAUGGAAAUGUGGGCUCUGUUGUAAUCAGUUCUACUACUAAUCAUGAUGGAAAUUAUGGGGAAGAAAGAGCAUCAAGAAUAUCUGUCAGAGAUACUGCAGACAACAUGAAUGGGAACAUGCAGCCAGAUGUUAUAUCUAAAAAAGCAAGACAGCAGAAAGAAAUGACUUUAGAGGAUAUGUACAAUAAUCAAUAUGAUUUUGACGACGACGAUGAUGAUAGUGACUGGGAGCCCUCCCAAAAACUUACAACAGUUGUAAAGUGGUUUUGUGUCAAUUGUACAAUGGUUAAUCUAGAUGAUGUUGUCCAUUGUGAUAUAUGUGGAGAACAUAAAGAAUCAGGAAUUGUUAAGCAUGGAUUUUUUGCAUCUCCUUUCUUGAAAGAAGCAGGUCUUACUCAGAAUGAGUCGGAAAUAGAACAAUACAAAGAUUCAUGCUCGCGAUUUUUGGUGUCGGACAAUUCUACUGCUAUUGGAUUUGAUGAGAGAAUGUUGCUUCACUCAGAAGUUGAAUUGAAGUCACAUCCACAUCCAGAAAGACCAGAUCGACUUCGAGCUAUUGCUGCUAGCCUUGCAACUGCUGGUAUAUUUCCGGGACGAUGUGUUCCAAUUUCUGCAAGAGAAAUCACACAAAAAGAACUACAUACGGUCCACUCUUUGGAGCACAUUGAAUCUGUAGAGCUUACAAGCCGUAUUUUUUCUAGCUACUUCACUCCUGAUACAUAUGCAAAUGAGCAUUCAGCAAGUGCUGCUAGGCUUGCGGCGGGUUUGUGUGCUGAUCUUGCUUCAGCAAUUUUUUCUGGACGUGCCAAAAAUGGUUUUGCUUUGGUUAGACCUCCUGGGCACCAUGCUGGUGUAAGGCAUGCCAUGGGGUUUUGCCUCCACAAUAAUGCUGCAGUUGCUGCAUUAGCAGUUCAGGCUGCUGGGGCUAAGAAGGUUCUAAUUGUUGAUUGGGAUGUACAUCAUGGAAAUGGAACGCAAGAAAUUUUUGAGGGGAACAAAUCGGUCCUGUAUAUCUCCUUACAUAGACACGAGGGUGGGAAGUUCUAUCCUGGUACAGGUGCAGCUCAUGAGGUAGGUACCAGGGGUGCAGAAGGAUACUGUGUGAAUGUUCCAUGGAGUCAUGGAGGAGUGGGCGAUAAUGAUUAUAUUUUUGCAUUUCAACAUGUUGUGCUACCUAUAGCUUCUGAGUUUGCCCCUGAUUUCACCAUCAUAUCAGCAGGAUUUGAUGCUGCAAGGGGUGAUCCCCUUGGCUGCUGUGAUGUAACUCCUGCCGGCUUUGCACAAAUGACACAUAUGUUGAAUGCUCUUUCUGGUGGAAAGCUGCUUGUUAUUCUUGAGGGCGGCUAUAAUCUCCGAUCAAUAUCAUCCUCUGCUACUGCAGUGAUUAAGGUCUUGCUUGGUGAAAGUCCUGGAUGUGAAGUGGUGAAUGUUGUACCAUCUAAAUCUGGAUUGGUAACUGUUUUGGAAGUCCUGAAAAUUCAGAUGAACUUCUGGCCUGCACUGGAAUCUUUCUAUUCAAAAUUGCACUCACAAUGGGGACCGUAUGCUUUUCAGGACAGAAAAAAACAGUCAAAAAAGAGACAGCGGGCGGUGGUACCAGUAUGGUGGCAAUGUGGGCAAAAAAGGUGGUUGUAUUAUGUCUUGUCCGGGCACCUUGGUUUAAAACCAAAGCGGUUUUGAGUAUCAUUUUGUGUGAUAUUUCAUGCAUCCCUUGUAAUUUUGCUGUGUAGUACAGUUCAGGAAGAGGGAAGAAAAGAAAGAUUGCCAAAUCUCUCUCAAUUUGAUAUUGAUUUUUAUUGUUUUAAAUGUUUCAUUGGAUGGAUCCGAAUGUUGGGAUUGAGAUAGUAUGUGAGGAAGGUAGAUUCGAAUUAAGUUUGGUGUCCCGAAGACGAUUAACAAUCAACAUCAGUGGGGUUCAUACGUAAUUAUGACUGAAAGAUCAGUUUUUGGACUUGAGCUUUCAAAGGAAAUCAUGUUGUCUUGGCAGAGACGGCGAUGUAUAAUUGGGACACCUUUAUUUAUCGCCGUUCUGUUGCAACUACUGAAAUGGGGAUGAAUGAAACAUAUAUGAAAUAAAUGUGACGGUCAGUCCUCAAUUAUUGCGUUUA